UCACCGACAUUUCAUCUGGAGCAGCUGAUCGGAGACACAUCUCGAUCGGAAACGUGCGAUCCACGGCCCGCGGCUCGUGGUUUGCGUGGUCAAGAGCCAGGCCAGAAAAUACGAGCAAGUGCGAGCAAGUAGGCUCUGGGGGGCUUCGUGAGCAGCAGCCAGGUCUAAGGGAAGCAGUCCUCACUCGGUCCCUUCUUGCGAGUCCUGCCCACAUUUGAUCACCAUGAAGACUUCCACUUUGCUCCUCCUGUCCCCCCUCCUCCUCCUCCUCCUCUUUGUACUCCUGCCCAGUGUCUCCGCUCAGAGUGAUCAGGACCUGGAGGUGCAGACCAAUGCCGGGAGGGUGCGUGGGGUCCGGAUGCCAGUGCCGGACCGGGGCUACGUCAUGGCGUUCCUGGGUAUCCCCUUUGCCGAGCCGCCACUGGGGAAGAGGCGGUUCCGUCCCUCCGAGCCCAAGCGCCCGUGGUCAGGGGUGUAUGAAGCAGUGGCCUACCCCAACGCGUGCUACCAGUCUGUGGAUAUGACGUUCCCGGGCUUUCAAGGCAGUGAGAUGUGGAAUCCCAACAGAGAGAUGAGUGAGGACUGUCUGUACCUGAACGUGUGGGUGCCCUCCUCGCCACGGCCUCAGAAUCUGACUGUGAUGGUGUGGAUCUAUGGAGGAGGCUUCUACAGUGGGUCCUCUUCUCUGGAUGUGUAUGAUGGCCGUUACCUAGCCCACAGCGAGACAGUGAUUGUGGUGUCCAUGAACUACCGAGUGGGUGCCUUUGGGUUCCUUGCUCUCCAUGGUUCUUCUGAGGCUCCUGGAAAUGUCGGCCUGCUGGAUCAGAGACUGGCUCUCCAGUGGGUACAGGAAAACAUUCACUUUUUUGGUGGAAACCCAAAACAGGUCACGAUAUUUGGCGAGAGCGCUGGCGGAGCAUCAGUUGGAUUCCACCUCUUGUCUCCAGGGAGCCGGCCCACCUUCACCCGGGCUAUCCUCCAGAGUGGAGUUCCUAACUGCCCCUGGGCGUCUGUGAGCCCUGCGGAGGCCAGGAGACGAGCCACAAUGUUGAGCAAACUGGUGGGCUGCAACGGGGGCAAUGAUACAGAGAUGGUGGACUGUCUUCGCAGCAAAACUCCGCAGGAACUGAUCGACCAGGAGUGGCUGGUCCUGCCAUGGUCUGCCAUUUUCCGCUUCUCUUUUGUACCUGUUGUGGAUGGUGACUUUCUACCGGACACUCCAGAGGCCAUGCUCAACUCAGGAAACUUCAAAGACACUCAAAUUCUGCUCGGAGUCAACCAAGAUGAGGGCACCUACUUCCUGCUCUACGGUGCUCCAGGAUUCACCAAGGACAGUGAGAGCCUUAUUUCCAGAGAUAACUUUCUCGAAGGUGUUAAACUCAGUGUACCUCAUGCUAACGACAUUGGCCUGGAGGCUGUGGUGCUGCAGUACACAGACUGGAUGGACGAGAACAGUGGAGAAAAGAACCGAGAUGCGCUGGAUGACAUUGUUGGAGAUCAUAAUGUCAUCUGUCCGCUGGCCCACUUUGCCCGCACCUACGCCCAGCACAAUGCCCUCAAAUCUAACACUGGAGGGGGCAACAGCGGUGUGGUGAACAGCGGAGGAGGCGGGGUCUUCCUCUACCUGUUCGACCACAGAGCGUCCAACCUACCCUGGCCUGAGUGGAUGGGUGUCAUCCAUGGUUAUGAGAUCGAGUUUGUAUUUGGGCUGCCUCUGGAAAGGAGACUCAACUACACUCUGGAUGAGGAGAGACUCAGCCGCCGUAUGAUGAGAUACUGGGCCAACUUUGCACGGACUGGAAAUCCCAACAUAAACCAUGAUGGGAUGAUGGAGAGCAGGAAGCGCUGGCCUGUGUUCACACUGACGGAGCAGAAACAUGUGGGACUUAACACUGAGCAGCUGAAGAUUCACCGGGGGCUGAGGAACCAAAUGUGUGCCUUUUGGAACCGCUUUCUACCUCGGCUCCUCAACAUCACCGACAACAUUGACGAAGCUGAGCGUCAGUGGAAGGUGGAAUUCCACCGCUGGUCCUCCUACAUGAUGCACUGGAAGAGCCAGUUUGACCACUACAGCAAACAGGAGCGCUGCACUGACCUCUGAGUGCCCCAAGAGAAAAAGAGUGCAGGGGAGAAGGGCACAGAGAAGAGCUAUGGCCAUUUUCCUCCGUAGUCCCUCAGUGAAGUGUAACUUCAUUCAAAAGCUUUUCGGGUUCAGUAAACAGAGUCACAGGCACUGUGAAUUUUCUAUUUAUUUAUAUAUUUAUUUUUAUUUAAGUUUGUUUUUGUUUGUGACUCUAUAGAAAUGAGGGGUUAUGGUGGGAACUUGUC